ACUGCAAUGCAAUUAGGCAAUUUUUUUACGAUAAAAUGAAUUAAUCCUAAUAAAAAUGCAAUAAAUAAAAUUCCAAAAAAUAUUGAAGAGAAAGGGGUGGGGCCGAAUCUGGUGUGUGCAGGAGUAUCCAUCCAUCCAUCAAUCAAUAAGAAAAGUCCUCCUCGCGUAACGCUACUGCAUUUACAAUCAUCAUCAUCAUCAUCAUCAUCAUCAUCACAUUGCGCAGAGAGAGAGAGAGAAAAAAGUACUAGAAGAAAACGAAACACACAAAAAUCGAUUCGUGGUUUCGUAUUGUGAUCUCUUUCUUUGUUUCCAUGUCGCCAACGAAGAAUCAAUUCUAACUAACUGUUUCGAUUCCGAUCUCUGUGCUGACUGACUCACUCAUCACUUUUUACCGACAGCCAUGGCAGCAGCACCGGCUAGAGCUCGUGCCGAUUACGAUUACCUCAUCAAACUUCUUCUUAUUGGCGAUAGUGGUGUGGGGAAGAGUUGUCUGCUUUUGAGAUUUUCUGAUGGUUCCUUCACAACCAGUUUUAUCACCACCAUUGGCAUUGAUUUCAAGAUAAGAACCAUUGAACUUGAUGGCAAACGCAUUAAGUUACAAAUCUGGGAUACAGCUGGUCAGGAGAGAUUCCGAACUAUUACUACAGCUUAUUAUCGUGGAGCCAUGGGUAUCUUGCUGGUUUAUGAUGUUACUGAUGAAGCAUCUUUCAACAAUAUUAGGAAUUGGAUUCGCAACAUUGAACAACAUGCUUCUGACAACGUAAACAAGAUACUUGUGGGAAACAAGGCUGAUAUGGAUGAAAGUAAAAGGGCUGUGCCUACCUCCAAAGGUCAAGCUCUUGCUGAUGAGUAUGGUAUCAAGUUCUUUGAAACUAGUGCAAAAACAAACAUGAAUGUGGAGGAAGUUUUCUUUUCAAUAGCAAGAGACAUCAAGCAAAGGCUUGCAGACACGGAUUCUAAAUCUGAGCCCCAGACUAUCAAGAUUAACCAACAAGAUCAGGCAGCCAAUGGUGGUCAAGCUGCACCAAAAUCAGCUUGCUGCGGUUAAUGAAAAAUAUCAGUAUCUGCAGUAAGAGGGUGCAGGUUCUACAGUAGCGCUCAUUUGGGUUCUAAUGUUUUUAUGAUGCCAAUAUUAGUGGGAGCAUGUAUUUGUCCCUAUGUAUCUCCCAACUUCAGAUGUCUGUUUUAAAUUUAUAUUUUAAACUUUUUUCCCAUGUAAUUGGUGGAAUUUGUGCUGACUUGUUUAAUUGCUUCAAUUUCCUCUUUCAUA